AUGAGAACUAUGGGAAUGAAUGAACCUGAAAUAGUGUGCAAGUCACCUGUUUCUGGGUUAUAAGUUUCCAUGACAACAAACAGGUAAAUGACUCACAAUGGAGAAUAAACACGGUUAAAUGGCCAGCUUUUAAUAGUCAGUAUAUAUUGGGGGAUAAAAACACAGAGAUGUUUGGACAGCAAAAAAAGAGUUAACUCUACUGACGUAAACAUAAUCUUUUAGCAGAAAGGCUCGUGCCGUUUGACCCGUACGCGUGUGUGAUGCUUUGAUCGAGGUGUGAUUCCCACACACAUCGGUUCUGGAUGAGAGAGAGAGAGCAAAGCAUUACAUCACCUCCCUUCCGGACUGGAACGAUACGGUUAAUUAUUUAGGCGACUCAGCGUGCACGGAGACUAAAAGAACCGGGUAUUUAAAAGGGCCUUACACAAAAAUGUCCGGGUUUAACGGGAGCACGGGCUUUCGCUGACAGGAUAAAGAGAAGAAAAGGCGGCGCGCGUGACUGCCUCGCGCCCAUUGUGUCGAGGAUGUGAGGCAGCGCGAAAUGCCAUGGCAGAUAACGGGUCGGAGCCGCCUGCUCUCCCGACACCAAAGGCGUUUCCCUACGAGGAAUACGAGUGCAAAAUCUGCUACAACUAUUUCGACCUCGACCGUCGCGCGCCCAAGAUCUUGGAGUGCCUGCACACGUUCUGCGAGGAGUGUCUGCACGCGCUGCAACUGUGCGAGGAGCGGCCGUGGCGCAUCAGCUGCCCCGUGUGCCGACACCGCACGUCCGUUCCCGAAUACCGGAUCCAGAACCUGCCCAACAACACCAAGGUCACAGAGGACUUCCCUCUGUACAUCGACUCGGACCCUGUGCCUCAAGAUGCCCUUCCGCCGCACCCGCCUCCGAUGCACCCGGCGCUCGUGGCGCUCAGACGCGAGGAGGACGCGUCCAUUCUUGCGUCCACCACGACGGUGUCCACCGCGACCACGCUGUCCCAGGACUCGGUCUCGCGCUACGAGAGCUGCCGCAACUGCAGACGCCUCGCGCUGACCACCGGGUGCGUGUGCGUCAUCUUCUCCUUGCUCUCCAUGCUCGUGCUGCUCUUCAUGGGCCUCAUAUUCGUGCACAGCCACGGCGGGCCGCCAUCGCCCGCGGGACCCCUGUGUCUGUCGAUCGCGAGCAUCCUCGCCAUGGUGUCUGCGAUGGUAACGUGGCUCCUCUAUUGGCUGAAAGACAGACCGGAGCACGAGACGGGCCGCUCCUCUGCCUCCACUAAUGCCAGCCGGAGAAACGCGUGACAGAACAUCUGCAUCAGCGCUAAUUGCUUAAUAGGCAACCUCUUUUUAUGUUACUCUCUUUUAUAAUAGCUAGCAGGCAUGUAUAACGACAUUUUUCUUUAGUCAAAUCAACUUAGAUAAUUUGUGAUUCGGAUAACUUAAUAUUUUGAGUUUAUGUUGAUUAAGUCAAACUCCUUUAUUGUACACUGUAAAAAAAAAUAUUUUCAAGAUUUGUUAUCACAAUCAAUCUCCA